AAAACAUUUAAAAACAGGAAUCAAAACAGAAAAUAAUAAAAUAUCGAUUUCCCUCCUCCGGCGAGAAACUAAAUCGGAAAAAUCUGCCGGCGAUGCAGAGUUUGGCUGUCCGUUCUCUCUCAGUCUCCACUUACUCAUCAGCAACCUAUCUCUAUCUCCGCCGUUAUCCUCCCAAAUCAUUUUCUUCGAUUCCUAUUUACUCAUCCCCUACACUCAGAUCACUCUCCAUCUCCUCCGCUAGAUUUACUCUUCACGCCACCGCCUCCUCCUCACCGGAGAAACAAAACGAACCUCUCCCUCCUCCUCCUCCUCCGCCGCAACAGCAAGGAGCGAAGCUAAUACAUCUGACAAUCUCCAUCUCAAUAGGUCUCGUGGUCCGGUUCUUAAUCCCGAGACCAGAACAAGUGACCUCACAAGGAUGGCAAUUACUCUCAAUCUUCCUAUUCACAAUCUCAGGUCUCGUCCUUGGUCCUCUCCCAGUAGGUGCUUGGGCUUUCGUUGGCUUAACCGCUUCAAUCGUCACCAAAACGCUCCCUUUCUCAACCGCUUUCGCAGCUUUUACUAACGAGCUCAUCUGGCUAAUCGCGAUUUCUUUCUUCUUCGCUCGUGGAUUCAUCAAAACGGGUCUUGGCGACAGAAUCGCUACUUACUUCGUCAGAUGGCUUGGCAAAAGCACUCUCGGUUUAUCCUAUGGUCUUGCCUUCUGUGAUACCCUUAUGGGCUUGAUUAUGCCGUCUACCAUGGCUAGAGCCGGUGGCGUUUUCUUGCCCGUCAUUAAAUCUCUGUCUCUCUCCGCCGCAAGUUAUCCCGGAGAUCCGUCCUCGAGAAAAUUGGGAUCUUUUCUUAUUCAAACCCAAUUGCAGUGUUCAGGAGCUUCUGGUGCGAUUCUUCUCACAUCAGCUGCACAAAACUUGCUAUGUCUCAAACUCGCCAGAGAAGUUGGUGUUGUAAUCUCGAAUCCAUGGAUCACUUGGUUUAAAGUCGCCAGUGUUCCUGCGUUUGUUUCUCUUCUUUGUACACCUCUCAUCAUCUACAAGCUCUACCCUCCUGAGCUGAAACACACACCUGAAGCUCCGGCUGCAGCUGCUAAGAAGCUGGAGCGAUUAGGUCCCAUCACCAAAAACGAAUGGAUCAUGCUCGGUGCUAUGGCUUUCACCGUCUCUCUUUGGGUUUUCGGAGAGGCAAUAGGAAUAGCAAGCGUUGUAUCCGCGAUGAUCGGUCUAUCAAUACUUCUGCUGUUAGGAGUCAUAAACUGGGACGAUUGUCUCAGUGACAAAUCAGCUUGGGACUCGCUCACUUGGUUUGCGGUUUUGAUUGGUAUGGCUGGACAGCUAACAAACCUCGGUGUCAUUGCUUGGAUGUCGGAUGGUGUGGCCAAACUGCUACAAUCCCUCUCCCUGACUUGGCCAGCUUCAUUUAUGAUUCUCCAGGCUUGUUAUCUCUUGAUCCAUUAUCUAUUUGCAAGCCAGACUGGUCACGCAGGAGCACUCUAUCCUCCUUUCUUGGCGAUGCAAAUCGCUGCUGGAGUGCCGGGGGUUCUAGCAGCACUUUGCUUGGCUUUCAAUAACAAUCUCUCUGGUGCUUUGGCACAUUAUAGUGGUGGACCAGCUGCUUUAUAUUACGGAGCUGGGUAUGUUGAUCUGAAAGAUAUGUUUAGAAUCGGGUUCGUGAUGGCUCUUGUACAAGCGAUCAUCUGGGGAGGUGUUGGAUCUUUUUGGUGGAAAUUUUUGGGUCUCUACUGAAACCAGUCCCUGAGCAUUUGACCAGACCCAGUCCAAACAGAACCAUACUUUCGGUUUUAAGGGUAUAUCAAUUGAAAAAUAUCUGGUAUUCAAGAUCUCAUUCCAGUUCACAGCCAAAUACCAAUUUGCUUGUGUUAUUAUUAAGUGUUAGACCUUAGAACAACAUCCUGUCUUACGUCGGCAACGAAAUUUUUAAUUCAGCCUGAACCGAAAUCAACCACUUUGAAGUUAGUUACAUGCCGACCAACGAAACUAAAUUUCAGUACAAACCGACGCAAUAAUGUAAAGGCCGAGGCCUAAUUUUCACCGGAGUCUCGCAAUAUGACAAGAUCUAAAAGCUCUGAUUAUUUAGUGUCUUAAAAGAUUUCUACGUUAUUUCCUGAUCCUGCAGCUGUAAUGCAUAACCAAUAACAUGAAACUAAGUCAAUAACAAACACUAAAAAGUGAGGCUAGGUUUCGGAGUUUGCAGAAGAAAAAAAGAACCGAGAGUUUUAUACAAAGCAAACCUUUGCAAUAAAGCCAAUACCAAAAACUACACGAGACUGGAGAGUAAAAGA